AUGUUGCUCCAGCGACUUGUUCCUCAAGCGAUAAUUGCUCAUUGCACAAGAGCUUCGUCAACUCAUUUUGGCUUUGAAAAGGUUCCAGAAGAUGAGAAAGCCAGUAGGGGUAUGUUUUCUACCUUAUCAAUAUUAUUUUAGGUGGAACAAACAAUCGUUCUUUGAGUGUUGUAUCAUCAGUUGAGCUCUAAGAUUUUUCUUUUUCAGUUCACACUGUAUUUGUAAAUGUUGCGGAGAAAUAUGACUUGAUGAAUGAUGCCAUGAGUGCUGGGAUUCAUCGGCUUUGGAAAGAUCAUUUUGUUGAACAAUUGGAUGUUCGGAAAGACUGGAAAAUUAUUGACGUCGCUGGAGGGACCGGCGAUAUAGCUUUUCGAAUUGCUCGUAAGACGGCGAAGACUCCCGGAAGUACUGGAGACAUUGUUGUUUGUGACAUCAAUCAGGUCAGUUGUUUAUAGCUUUUUUUGUUGGUUUUUAGGUCUUUGACAAGAUUAUGUCCAUAUAAGGAAGAAUAGAGUAAAACCGAUCCGCUUUUAGAAAAUGUUGGAUGUUGGCCAGUUUCGCGCUUCCCAAGACAAAACCUUGCCAGACAAGUUCCAAUGGAUCUGCGGAGAUGCCGAAAAACUGCCUUUCGCCGACAAUUCCUUUGAUCUCUACACAAUCGCUUUCGGAAUUCGAAAUGUUACACACGUUGACAAGGCGUUAGAGGAAGCUCAUCGAGUCCUCAAGCCAAAUGGCCGUUUCUUUUGCCUUGAAUUUAGCAAAGUUUGCUCUCCUCUAAGGCCGUUUUAUGAUCUGUACAGCUUCAACGUGAUUCCGCAAAUGGGAAGAUUGUUGGCGAAUGACUAUGACAGCUAUAAGUAUCUGGUUGAAAGUAUAAGAAUGUUCCCCGAUCAAGUAGGUUUUAGAUUCCUACAUUUUUUCGCAGAAUUCGACAUAAAUAAUAUACUUUUUAGGAGAAAUUCAGCGAGAUGAUACGAACUGCUGGUUUCAAGAACAUUACUUACCAAAACUUGUCGUUUGGUGUCUGCGCUGUCCAUUCAGGAAGAAAAUAG